AUGGCAUCAUCUUCGUCUCGUAGUAGGGUAUUAAAUCCUGACCCCGAGGAUGGUUCAUUACUGCGCUAUCAGUCUAUUCAUGUUUCAGAGCAUAUUUGGGAUGGUCGUGAACACCCAAUAUUGAGAGUGAGAAGAGGUCAUUUCAUACAUGCUGGCAUGGAGGGAGUACCAGUAGAGAUUAUUCCUCAUUUGACAGUAGCAGGAUUUGCUGGAGUAGCACAGUUGGCUAGUAUUCCUAUUGACCGCCAAUUGAUUACAGCGUUGGUAGAAAGAUGGAGGCUAGAGACCCAUACAUUUCACAUGUCCCCUGGAGAGUGUGCUAUUACUCUUCAAGACAUUGCUAUUCAGAUGAGUCUUCGUAUUGAUGGAAGACCAGUUAUUGCCCCUACAGGAGGUGACAGGGCACAAAUUGUUGAAGAUUUAUUGGGAAUUAGACCACCUAAUUCUGCAUUUAUGGGGAGCAGCUUGAAAUUUACUUGGUUGGAUGAGCAUUUUUCCCAUGUUGGUAGUAGGGUCCUAGUUAGGUACCUUCCUUUACUUGAGGAUUUAGAGAUAACUGGACAAUAUAGUUGGGGAAGUGCAGCAUUAGCCUUCCUAUACAGAGAGUUAUGCAUGUCCACGAAUAUUGAUCGGUCUAGUAUUGGAGGAUUGACUCCACUUGUGAUGCUGUGGGCGUGGGAUAGGUUCCCAUUUCUAUCUCCGGGUGAUCCCCCUUACACACAGAAUGAUCUUCCUUAUGGUGCACGGAAGGAGAGAAAGGAUCUAGCUUACUUUAGGUUCAAAUUUGAUCAUUUGAAACGUGAUCAGUUUGUGUGGCAAUCAUAUAGUAUAGAUUUGAUGCAUACUUUGCCUGCCAUAUGCACUGAGGGCAUGCAUAUAUGGAGAGCUAUUGUGCCGCUUAUUUGUUUCCAAAUAUGUAAAUGGUACCAGCCCGAUCGUACCAUGCGUCAAUUUGGGAUGGUGCAACAUAUUCCUCAUGCUCCUUAUCAGCCAGACCAGCUACAUGACAUUACUCUCAGAGGGAAGACUGCUGACAAUUGGGAGUCAAAGUUCAGGGGCGUACUAGAGCAUUGA